UGAAAUAUUUCGAACACAAGCUUAAAGGGCUUUGUUACUUUCCCGAUUUGCAUUUUAUAAACACUGAAUUCCAAUUAAAUAGUUUAGUGAGAUCGGUGAAAGUUCAUCGCCUGUUUACUCAUGGCGCACCAACGCCUUCUAGUCUAUUUUGCGUGUACUUUCAGUUUAGUUUCUGCACAGGUUCUGAAGUAUGCACUCAGGGGUCAAGAAAUAAACUUGGUUCCACCCAGGAUGGAAAAACCUGAUGGAAUUGUCUGGGUACAUGAUGGCAGCAACGUGGUCGAGUUUAAUAACUUCAUGGAGGAAUUCGUGAUCCCAUCAUACCAGAACAGGAUCACUCUCGACCACAACUCUGCAGAACUCACCAUCAAAGACGCCACAUAUGAAGACAGUGGAAACUAUGACUUAAAGUUGAAGAAAAACGAUGAACAUCGCCGUAUAAAGUUUAGAGUUGAGGUUAUAGACAAAGUAACCAAGCCUAACAUAUCCUGUGAGAUGAUCGACGCAAAGCAGGCGAUACUUGUGUGCUCAACAGAGUGCAAAUGUCCACAUUUACUAAAGCUUAAGUGGCGCUCACAGGGAAACGAGCAGGCUGGCCCUAAUUUAACAAUAACUCUCAACAAUGAACAUGAUGAUGAAGUUUAUCAAUGUGAUGUGAGCAACCCGCUGACCAGUGAAACAUCGACAUACACUGCUAAGGACUGCUUCCUCGAAAAAACACCAGCUCCUGGAAUUUUCAUCUGGGAUGUAAACGUAAUGGCUUUGGUGGUUGUCAUCCCAGUGUUUACGGCGGUCGGCUUCACUGCUGGCUUCAUGUUAGGCGAAAAGUUUUAAUUUUCAGAAUGUUUUGCAACGCUCAAGGAAAGAUACUUGAAAAGAAAAUUCAGGGACUGAGGAAACCGCUGGAGAAAAUGUCGAGACAGUCGUUGCACUCAUGGAUCGAGGACAACAAUCAUAAAAAGCAAAACCUGGACAGUCGCAUUAUCAAACAAGACAAAAAAGCAAUGGCACAUCCUGCCACACUCUGACACACGAACACAAAAGUUACCUCAUUCACUGCCAUUGAUGUGAAAGACCAUGUGAAGUGAUUUGUUUCUAAUUACUUUAACUAUGUUAGAUAAUAAGUGCUGAAAAAGUAACAUACAUUUUUAUAUUUUCACCAAUUUUUGUAUUUUUUCUUUUUACCAUUGCUCUUGCACUCUCUCUGAGGUUCAGGGUUCAAAUCCUCACCUGUGUGGAGUUUUCAUGUUCCCGCUGUGUCUGCGUGGGGUUUCUCCGGGUAACCCACAUUUGAAAAAAAACAUGCAUGGUAGGUUGAUUGAAGACCCUCAAAUGCCCAUCGGUGUGAAUGUGAGUGUGAAUGGUUGUUUGUCAAUAUGUGCCCCUACGAUUGACUGGCGAGCAGUUCAUGGUGGACCCCACGUCCCGCCUAGAGUCAGCUGAGAUAGACCCCGGCACACCCGCGACCCUCAUGAGGAUAAGCAGGUCGAGCUUAUCCUAUAAGAAGGGUCAGCGAAGGUGACUGCCUGAGCAACGAAAUGAAAAUGUGGAAUAUUAUGCACUGACCACUGAUCUAUGGCCAUCAACAAUGACUGGACACUAACUAGCCGACGCCUACAGAUAAGCUACUUUCCUGAAGAGCCAACGGUGACAAACAUGGUCACAGCCCUAAGAGAAGGAAUUCAAUUCUGGGAGCUGCGUGUGACCUCAAGAAAAGGGGACCAAGCUGCAAUGAUAUUCUGUUGCCAGCAGGGGGCGGUGUUUAUCAGCUUCUACACAUCAACACGAGCCUCAGGUGUAUAAAUUAUUUGCUUCAAAUGAAAUACAUGUCAACAUUAACCAACAACAAUAAAUCAUUAAA